UGGCUACCGCCAGUGGUGUAACAAACUGUGGAAUGCUGUCAGAUUUGCGAUGAUGAAGCUUGGCGAUGGGUAUACUCCUCCUGUGCAAACUCUACGCCCUAAAACCAUGACCUUCAGCUGCCAAUGGAUUCUUUCUUUACUAACAAUAUCGAAGACAGUGGAUUCCUUGAAUGCGUUUGCAUUAUCGGAUGCUGCCAACAGUGUAUGCUUGGUGGCAAUACCAGUUCUGUGAUGUAUUUAUCGAGGCAAUUAAGCCUUAUUUUUCUGCUGACACUCAAAGAAGGAUUCAUGCACAAGAUGCUCUCUGGGUGUGUCUCGAGACUGGUUUGAGAUUGCUGCAUCCAUUUAUGCCUUAUAUUACAGAAGAGCUGUGGCAGCGGUUGCCUUCAUCGCAAGACUCUGAACGAAAGGCGUCUAUCAUGAUAUGUGACUACCCAUCUUCCAUAGAGAUGUGGACAAACGAGAAGGUGGAAACUGAAAUGGACAUGGUUCUAGCGACCGUGAAAACUCUUAGGGCACUGAGAGCUGCAGAGUCGCUAAAGAGACAGAGAAAUGAAAAGUUCCAUGCGUUUGCUCUGUCUGGAAAUGCAUUAACACUGGGGAUUGUGAAACCACAUGAGCUGGAGAUCAGAACUCUUGCAAAUCUCUCAUCCUUUGAGGUUAUGUUGAGGGGAGAAGACAAAGCAUUUGUAGUGUGUUGGGAGGAAAUUGAAAUUUGGAUUAGUUACAAUGUGCUUUAUUUUAUUUUAUGUAAACUAUGUCCAUCGUUUUGA